AUGAAAAGGGUGGUCGACAAUCGAGUGAGACGUACGCUGUACCUUGACGUUCUGCGCAUGGAUAUCACACAAAUAUUGCCAAGAGGAGUACUAGGCGACGGUGACUUUUUCCGUCAUCGCACAUGCAACCUCGUGGCCCAUCAUGAGCACCGCUCCUUCCUGUUAGCGGCUCAUCUGCAGUGGACAGCCAAAGAGGCGGAGAAACUCCGAGCUGCCGUCCAAUUUUACGGCAAAUUCGCACACACCGUUACGCUCGACUCGUCUAUAGCAGAACUUUGUGUUGCUGGACAAUGCACGACCGACCUCGGGUCGUGGUUUGUAUUUCAAGCAGCUGCUGGCGGUGCCGAUCCUACUCCCGUGAUGGAUGGAAUUGAGAUGCCCGGUUGGUUACGUAGCGAGGCCAAAUUCAAUCAAACCACAUAUCGCUGCCAAUCGGUGACCGACCUGCCAGAGUGGAAUCCCAGGACGAACCGUAUCCCUCUCGGUCCACUAUUUCCGAAGGCAAAA